UUGGGUCACGUGUCCAAGCGAUCGCCAACCCGAAUCCGGAAAUGGGAACGAUGACCUGACGCCGCCGGAGUUGGAGAUUUUCCUUCGGUGUUAUUAUCGUGUGUCUGUUCUGUCAAAGUUGGAAGAAUUAAGUCGCCUGCUGACGGCGUCUCAUUCACUGUACGAUCUUUUAACCGUUAAAGACAAAGUUUACACCUUUCGCUUCUUUAAGUCAAGGAAAAACAAGACUCGACAGAAGGUUCACGCCGAUCAACUUUUAUGGAUGACAAUAAUGAAGGCACGCCAGCCUCUGGGACAAAAGACGCUGUUUAUGGUUCCGUUUUGUCUUUCUUUUUAGUCUGAGGUUGUUCUGUUCAUACGAAAACAUCCACUGCACAUCCAGACCUGUUACGUCACUCAAAUACUACACAACACAGGAUUUACAGGAAGUGGCGCGUGCGGUGUGUGUGUGUGCGCGCAGUCCUGUUUAUCUUUGGAUAAUGGAGCUCGUGCCGUGUCUGGCCAGUACGCACACCACGCCUCUUCCCCACGCUGGACCCAGCAGGUGACCGGGCAGGUGUAGCAGCAGCAGCAGCAGCAUGCCGUCCGAUGUGGAGUACAGCCCGGUGGGAGAGGGGCUGGGGAUGCGAGACUUCUGGCUGUACGUGUGGCUGCGGAGGGCGGCGCUGAUAGCGGCUCAUGUCACCGGCCUCGGUCUGACCCUCACCAUCUCCCUGCUGUCCAGACCCGGAACUAGUCUGUUUUCUUGGCAUCCAUUGUUAAUGUCUGUUGCAUACUGUCUGUGUUUGACAGAGGGCAUCCUUCUCUUCUCCGCUGAGGGAUCCCCCUUCUGCUUCAAAUCUCGCAAAUGUAAAAUCCGCCUCCACUGGUUCUGUCAAGCUCUGGUCCUGAUAGCUUCAGCCAGCGGAUUUGGUUUCAUGGUGGCCAGCAAGAACGUCUCAGAGAUCCCUCACCUGGUCACCUGGCAUAGUGUGCUGGGCGUCUGCACGCUGGCAGCCACCGUGCUUCAGGCGGCUUGCGGCGUGUGCCUGAACUUCCCCAAGCUGCUGUGCCUGCCCUCGUCUCUGCCCAAGCUGAAGCUGUACCACGCCACCUGCGGCCUGGUGGUCUACCUGCUGUCCACGGUCACCGUGGUGUCGGCCAUGUUCUCGGACUGGUUCCAGGCCACAGUGAAAGGGGUGGUGUGGUGGGUCUUCCUCCUGCUGCCCUUCUUUCCCGCCCUGGUGGUCAUGAACCAGAUCACCAGUGCUUACCUGCCACGCAAGAAGAUCUCCAACUAGGAGGCGCAGAGGACCAGACAAUUUAUUUACUCCCACUGGGUUCCAGUGAAAGCAAAGGGCUUGACACACCGGUCAACACAAAGACAAUAGGGCUGUGACAUGUUAUUUCAUCUAAGAUAUUCAAAGAGCUGCACACACAGACAAACAUGUUUAUGAUUAGGCGUACUAUGGGACUACUAUGAUGCCUCCUCCACUGCCUCAAUCAGAUGGAAUGCUAACAAACGAGUCUGCAGGUUUCUCUUUGUUAUUUACGACAGGGUUUGUUAAUCCUGGUCUCUCAGGACCCACUGCCCGGCAUGUUUUAAAUAUUUCCCUGCUUUAACACACACCUGAUUCAAAUGCUCAGCUCGUCAUCAGCCAUGCGUUUGAAGCAGGUGUGUUGGAGGGAGCAGGGGAAACAUCUAAAAUCCUGAAGACCAAAUCCUUGUUCCUUUUUUUGGUUUUGUCUUUUGAAUCAGCUCCUGUUUACACGGACACACGCACACCCAGUGUAUUUUAACGGUCACACAUAAGUCUCAAAAUAUCGUAAUAAAUUUGAACUUACUAAAAGGAAGCAGCACAACAAAUAUGCAGUGAAAGCAAAAAACCUCUGUGUGUGUGUGUGACAUAAGCCACUGUGUGUGUAUGUGUGUGUGUUGUGGAAUCUGAAAGGACACAUGCUGUGAUUGAUGAUUCUCCACCAGGCCAUUAUUUCUAUUUAUUUAUUCAUUCAUUAGUGAUAGUUUGUCUUUUGGUGUAAUGACACAUGUACAGUGUGAUUCAGUCCCACAUCAUCAAAAGCUGUGAGGCUGAUAUUUUUUUUCCUAAACUUGCUGAAAACUCCCUUUCUUUUCCUCUGGUUAUGGAUAAUUUGUCAACAUCAUAGCUAAUUUGAGUGUUUUGCUGAAAUCGUUGUGGAGUGUAAAGCACACAUUUCUGUUACAGAGUUUCAAUAAAUGUGAAAGUCAAACAUUCAAAUUCA